AGUGGUAGAUAUUAUUCAAACAGAUUUAGUUCAUUUCAUUGCAUUUUGCAGAACAGGAAAGUGUUUCAAGAUGUCUGCCGAUUGGCAAGACUGACUUGGACUACAAGUUCCAUAUUGCACUCGGUCGUUUCUAUAGAAACGGGUUGUUGUCUCAUUACAGGAAGCUAAUGUGCCACCGUGACGUUUGGUAGCUGUAUAAUAUACCUAACACUCUGGACGUUCUUGUUAAAAGCAGUACUUCACCGUAACAUCAUCUCCCCCUGCUGGCGGGUGACUAUGUAUGGAGCUCCGGUGGAUUUAUCUUUUAAAAACAUCAGCAGUUUAACAGACACAUGGAUAGAGGAGCCCAACAGCGGUCUGCGGCCUUUAAAGAGAAAUUCAGAGAUGAAAUAUCUCAGCUGUUCCCUGCGCCUCAACAACAACAACAUCACCGACCUUCAUGACCUCCAGAAGACUGUUAACCAUUUCCUGGCUCAGCCGGCACAUCUAACCUGGUUGGAUCUUUCCUUCAACAAAAUCGCACAUAUAGACCACGUCUUGUGUGAGUUGCGUGAACUGCGUGUGUUGUACCUUCAUGGAAACAGCAUUUUUAUUCUGUCAGAGGUGGACAGGCUGGGAGUGCUGCCACAUCUGCACACCAUCACUCUGCAUGGAAAUGUCAUAGAAACCAACAAGGCAUACAGGAAUCGCGUGAUAUCCGUCCUGCCUCGGUUAAAGACGAUGGACUUCAGCGCCAUAACGCGACAGGAGCGAGUCUUGGCAAAGAUCUGGCACCAGAGCAACAGCCGCUGCAGGAGCAGCAAGGUUAACCAGUGACUGCUGGCUCUCUCCAUCCAUAAACUGAUAUUCUUUACCUGUUUGUCCAGUGCACACUUUAUUAAGGUGGUUUAGAUGGAUGUAGGAUCAGUGUAUGAAAAAUCAGAGUGCCUCUCAGAUGACCCACUCAGGGUUUGUCUGGGUUUUUCUGGUACAAUGGCAUUAAUGUAUUAAUAUAUUUGAUGAAGCCAUGGAAAGCUUUACCCAGACACUGAUGCUGAACAUUUUCAGAUUUACAUGUCCCUAAAGUACACCCACAAAUCAAAAUGUAGCAUUAUUAUAUCAAAAUUUGUAUUUACUAACUAAAACUAAUCCGAAAAUAACUUGAAAUUGAGGGAAAAAAUUGAAAUUUAGACUUAUGGAAGGCAAAAUAUGUGUUUUUCUGUGACAGAAACAAGCUUCCAUUGAGGGGUGAGUCAAAAUUUCAUGCAUUCUAAGUCUCUGAACCAAACUCACUGCAGAUCAUGGGGAGACAGCCUGUUGUUGACAAGGAUUGUUGUGUGUGUGUGAAUGAAGCACACACGAAGGGAUUAAUCCAAACAUUGAAUAAAGAGGCUGACAUUACCAUUAAAAAACUAGCUGUACGAUCUGGCAUUGAAUGGAUGGCAAGUCAGUCCUUAAAUACUAAGGAUGGAUAAGAAGGUGACUGAGAGCUGCAGAGAAAGCAGGAGGGUCAUAGAGAGAAAAAUAAAAGAAGAGGGAGAGGCUCUGGGAAACAGCGACCCUUUGAGCAUUAAUAUCAUGGAAUAUGUCACAAUUGCAGCAGCAAAUCUGCACCGAUUUAAUCUCUCUCCAAUUUUUUUAAAAAGAGCUUACAUGUGUUGCAUUUUGUAUAGUCAUCUCUUGUACUGAGCAGGUAUGAGAGCUCAGAAAAAGGCCAAAAAGUGACAAAAUUCAGCCUACUUCUGUUUACUAGCAGGGCCUAUAACUCAGAACUAAGUUUAAUAGUAAUUUUGCAUGGCUUUAUUAAAUAUACUAAAGUCAGUAUACAAAAAAAGCAUAAAAAAGAGAGACACCUGACUUUUCUUUAAAUCAAUUAACUCAAGCGUGGCUGACUGAUGAGGCCACUGAUAGUAACUGUACUUCAGAAUUAGUAGUGUUGUAGUACAUUACUGUUCUUUAUCCAUAGAUCGCUAAAUGUUCUCAUUCACAUCCAGAUAUCUGAUCAUUCAUGUGGGUUUUGGAAAUAUUUUAAUACUGUUUGCGACAAAGUUAAAUUAAAGAUAGUGCUGCUGACCAUCUCUGUAGCAUCACUGAAUAAUUACAUCUGACAUUAGAGCACACUGAGGUCAGGACAGGAACAGUUUGUUAAAAGUCUUUAAUGAAUUAAACAAAACAAAAAACAAAACUAAAACUUUUUGGUACUAGCCUAAGACAUUACAAACAUAUUUCAGGUAGUAUUACACAGUUGAGUAACAAACGUAAAAGGAAAACUAAAUGCCAAGAACCCAUUGCAAAAAGCUCAGAUCAGUCGCGUGGUUUAAAUAAUCAAA